UCCUUUUUUUUGCAAAGGAUUGAUGACAUGUCAUGAGUAAUCACUAAUCUAUCUUUGUUUUACUUAAAAAUAUUAUUUAAUGUUUUGUACUUCUCAUUGCAUUAUCUAAUUAUUGUUAUUUGUCUUAUUCUUUCCUUUUUAAUUUCCGUGUAAAUUUUCAAAUAUGAAUGUAAUUUAGGGAUGGAGGGAGUAUAUGUUUUAGCAAUGCCAAAAAUGAUCCGAGUUCAAUCAAAUCCAGGGUGAUCCUACCCGAUCACUACUCACUAACAUGAUUAAACUCGACAUUACUUGAUUUCAAUGUAACCUAAUCCAUCCAUAACAACCCCAACCGUAAACCCGAUUUGACAUACUGCUAGUGCCUAACUGAAUCUAGUGCUUACAACAAACGCCAUCAAUUUUCAAAAAUGCUAAAAUUUGAGACUAGUAAUAAUAGAACAAACGUGCAAGAUGGGACAAUGUGAUUGGGUAAGGAAGUGAACUUUUGGAUGACAUGAAAAGGUUUUCCAAUAAAAAAGGAUAACGUAAAAUGGGAUCCACAUUUGCCAAGUGGGUCGACCCACGUCGGCAUGGCUCUUGCCCAUAAACCCCAUCCACAUCACCCUAAAAAGUUGCAAAAAAGGGAUAGAUUUUAGAUAAAAAGUGGACUCAGAAAACCAAACACACCCUUAGAUUUUUUUUAUUUUUUUUUUAUUUUUCAAAAUAUAUAAAAAAAAGGUUUCUUAUUUGGUGAUAAAUCACCUUGACUGAUGACUUAACUGUCUUUCAAUGGGAGAAGUACAACACUCAAAUCUUUGAUAGAUUUUAUCAAGAUUCUUCUUCACUCUCAGGUUGGAUUUUUCUUAGACCAAUGAAUAAAGGGACUCGAAAAUGGAAAAAACAUGUGAAUUUUGUGGAGCGCCAGGACCAGUUGUAUACUGCCAAGCAGAUGCAGCACUGCUCUGCCUCUCCUGUGAUGCUAAGGUGCAUUCAGCUAAUGCACUCUUUGGUCGUCACUCAAGGAGUCUUCUGUGUGAUUCUUGCAAGGAAAAUCCGGCCAGUGUUCGAUGCUUAGACCAUCUGAUGCUGUCAUGUCAGGAAUGUGAUUUGUUCCUGCACAAGUGUUUCGCUCACCAUAAGAAGCUGAUGAUUGGCAGUUUUACUGGAUGUCCUUCGGUGAAGCAGUUUGCAGAGUUAUGGGGCUUUGAUGUCAAUGAUCUCCAUCAGCUUUCAACAGUAGAGUCUGCGACUUCUACUGCUAGUUUAGAUACUGAACGGGGUUCUUGCAGCCAACAGCAGAAGAAACUCAGCAAUCAUCAACGCGAGCAAAACAAUGGUUUGAUCCUGCAUCAGCUUCUCGAGUUGAAAAAUCUUCAGCUUACUGAAGGAGAUAAUCAGAAAAAAUCACUGCGACAUAAUGGAGUGUAUGUUACAUCCUCCUUGAUGCGCAGUAAUUCAGGAACAUUGCUCAAUGAAGGACUCAAACAACAAUCCAAGGAGUUCAAUAAAAUCACUAAUGAACUUCAGAGCUUAGACAAAUCAAAUCAAGUGCUAAAUGGAGAACAUUUUCCUUCGCCUAUUUCUCAGCUGGAUAUAUCUUCAUCUGUAGCAGAUCCCUUUUGGCAGCACAAUAAAAGUCCAGUAGACAACGAUCAGUUUUGGUCGCAAAAUUUGCAAGAUCUUGGAAUGUGUCAAGAACUCGGAUCCAUUGAUGACUUCAACAUGCCAGACGUUGAUAUAACAUUCCGCAACUUUGAAGACUUACUCACAGGUGACCCUGACCUAACCCGAGCUUUAGUUGAAGACGAUCCUAUGAGUUCAGAUACUGAGAAGGCAUCGAUGAAUAAGUUAGAAAAGAGUCUUCUUGAAACAACACAGGAAAUGGCUGCUUCUCAUAUUAAUUUCAAGAAAGAAGCAAAUUCAUCGGACCAUGUAACUCGCGGGAUAUCCAGAAGUGUGGGGAGUUCACCACAUCCUUUAAGAUACUCGCGGUCAGCAACAUUUACUUGUUCACGGCUCAGUGCUGAAAGCUGUCGCAGUGACUUUCUAAACUCCGGAACUUCAGGGUGUUUCAGAAGAAGUGAAUCAUCAAACAAUGUGGAAGAGUUAAAUGGUGUAGAAAUGGAGGGUUUGGAAAGUUCAAUCAGAAUAUCAAAAGACAAAAAGAAGACUCGAAUGCAUUGUAAAAAGACUCAACUUGCACCACGUAAGGCUAGAACCGAUUUGCAUAAGAAGAACAAAAGCCGGUAUCCCAAGUUACAGGGCUAUAAUUCCGAUACAGCAACUGUAACAAAGAGCUGCUGAACUGAGCUGAAUUCGACGACUACCCUUGUUUUGAUCGUUGUAUGUACAAUUGUACAUUCUUUCAUUCUAGAAGUUUGGCUUUCGAUAUUUGACUCGAUCUUUCCAUGUUUAUUUACAAGCCACACACUUACAAGUUUUUUUUUUUUUUUUCCCUAGCAUGGUAGAACUAAAUGUCAUAAGCCGAAGCCUGAUGAAUGUAAACAUUCGAGCUCCAGCAUUUUCUUCAUUUAUUUUUGGUAAUCAAUUGCAAUUUAUACCAAUCAAAUUAAGAGUA